UUUUUAACUAUAUAAUUUGAAACUUUUACUACACUAUGAAGAUUAUCGACAAGAUUAAAAAGGCUGAAGAAGAAGGCCGUAUUUACUGGUCAUUCGAGUACUUUCCACCAAAGACUCCAUUGGGUGUCCAAAACUUGUAUGAUCGUAUUGAGCGCAUGAAACGCUUCGGUCCUGAAUUUAUUGAUGUAACUUGGGGUGCCGGUGGUACUUCUGCCGACCUUACCACCGAAAUUGUUUCAAACGCUCAAGCCGUAUACGGUAUCGAAACCAUGAUGCAUCUCACCUGUACCAACAUGCCUAAAGAGCAAGUUGAUUUUGCCCUCAAGUCUGCCAAAGAUUGCGGUUGCCAAAACAUUUUGGCUCUGCGUGGCGAUCCUCCUCAUGGACAAGAAAACUGGACUGCCGUUGAAGGUGGAUUCAACAAUGCCAUUGACUUGGUAAAGUACAUCAGACAGGAAUAUGGUGAUUACUUUGGUAUUGCCGUUGCUGGUCAUCCCGAAGGCCACAUUGACAAUCCCGACAAGGAAGAUGACUUGAGACACCUCAAGGCUAAGGUCGACGCUGGUGCCGACCUUAUUGUCACACAAUUGUUCUACGAUGUUGAUACCUUUUUGAACUUCGUUGAGCAAUCCCGUGCCAUUGGCAUCACUUGCCCUAUCCUUCCUGGUAUCUUCCCCAUCCAAAACUAUAACGGCUUGAAGCGCGUUAUUUCUUUCAACAACAACAAUGUACCACAAAAGAUUUGGGAUGAUCUGGAAUCGAUCAAGGAUGAUGACGCUGCUGUCAAGGAAUAUGGUAUCGAGUUAUCGAUGGAAUUUAUCAAUAAGUUCAUUGAAGCUGGAAUCAAGGGUGUCCAUUUCUAUACCUUCAACUUGGAGCGAUCAACCCGCAUCAUCUUGGAAAGAAUGGGCUUUGUACCACAGCAAGCCACUGUCAAGCCUCUACCUUGGGCUCCGUCUCUUCACCAAAAGCGCACCAAAGAAAAUGUCCGUCCUAUUUUCUGGAAGAACCGAACAAAGAGCUAUAUUAAGCGUACUGAAUCAUGGGACGAAUUUCCUAAUGGUCGAUGGGGAGAUUCACGAUCACCUGCCUUUGGUGAAUUGGAUGGAUAUGGUGUGUCAUUGAAGCACCCCAAAAACGAAUGCCUGGAUAUGUGGAACCACCCCACCUCCGUAGAGGACGUUUCAGCAUUGUUCGCCAAAUACUGUACCGGUGACCUUGCAGCUCUUCCAUGGUGUGCACAACAGUUGGACCCUGAAUCCGAGGUUAUCCGUCAACGUCUUGCCACUAUCAACACACAAGGUUUCUUGACCAUCAACUCGCAGCCUGCUGUUAAUGGUGCAAAGAGUUCAGACAAGAUUCACGGUUGGGGUCCUUCCAACGGCUACGUGUAUCAAAAGGCCUACCUUGAAUUCUUCGUUUCUCCCGAACAGCUCGACUCUCUCAUUGCCAAGAUUGGAGCUAAGAAAGACAUCACUUACUAUGCAGUCAACUCUCAAGGAGACUUGAAGACUAACAACAACAACCAUGGUCCCAAUGCUGUUACAUGGGGUGUCUUCCCCAGCAAGGAGAUUGUUCAACCUACCAUUGUUGAUGCUACUGCUUUCAUGGCUUGGAAAGAAGAAGCUUUCGAACUGUGGGCUCAGUGGGCUAACUUGUAUGAAGCGGAUUCUGCUUCUUCCCAGCUUUUGAAAUCCAUCAAGAGCCAAUGGUACUUGAUCAACAUUGUCGACAAUAACUUUGUCGUUAGUGAUGGUAUCUGGAAGCUUUUUGACGUCGAGGCUUCCGAUGAUCUUUCAUCCAAAGUUAGCGAAUUGAACGUUGCUGACCGUUAAAUCUUUAAAAGUGCUGGAACAGCCGGAUCGUGUAUUCAACAUACAAAUUGAAAACAAAAUUCUUACAUCCCUCUAACGGGAACACUCAUUGUACAGUAUUCAACAUACCCAAACCCUCACACCCUGUGUCUCUUUCUUUUUCAGUAUUCUUGUAUAUUCUUCAACAGACUCCUUACUUUCCUCCUUAUUUCCGCUAUCCUGUUUCCUUAUUACUGGUUUUUUAACCUGACUCGGCAAUUAUCAUUUUUGCCGAAAAACAUAGUCCAUCUAGCAUAGUUCUAUUCUGAUAGAGUAUAUACGUAACCUUUCAACAGAGAUGUAUAUGCUUCCAAUUAUCAUCGGUGUUACGUAGCUUUCCAUUUGAUCGAAACAAUGAACCUCCGCAUUCAUGACAAACCG